CCCGAUCUGUUCGCACGUACGGAGAUAUAUUUUGGCUUAUCGCAGACCCCGAAAUUCAUCCGUGGAAUAAGCGGAUUGCACGUUCUCGGCCUUCUCUAGAUACAAAUAACCUCAACCCUUUUGCAUUGCAACCCUCUUCUUCCUAUACCCCUUUCCGCCCCGAUAUCUCUAUUGUUACAAUCGCCCAUUUCCUUGCAUCCUCACAGUCUCGCAGUUCUCGCACACAUAUCUCCCAAUGGGCGCAGAAGAUGCUUUUAGCUAUGCCCUGAGCUCCAACGCUGCCUGGGCAGGCUACAAGAACCACCAAAACCCAGCCUUCUUCCCCAAGCUCGCGACCGGCCAAUCGCCAUCCAUUCUCUGGAUCGGCUGCUCCGACUCUCGUGUCCCUGAGACCACCGUUCUAGGUCUCCAGCCCGGCGACGUCUUCGUGCACCGCAACAUCGCCAACAUCGUGUCGCCCACCGACAUCAACAUCUCCGCCGUCGUGGAGUAUGCCGUCGUGUACCUGAAAGUGAAGCACGUGGUCCUCUGCGGACACACGAGCUGCGGUGGCGCCGCGGCCGCGCUGGGCGACUCGCGCGUCGGCGGUGUAUUGGACACUUGGCUCACACCGCUCAAGACCGUGCGCCAUGCGCAUGAGGCCGACCUGAAGAACAUCGAGGAUGCCGGGAAGCGGGGGGUCCGCCUGGCGGAGCUGAAUGUCGAGGCGGGCGUCAAGGUGCUGAUGAGCAAUUACGUGGUCGAGGAGGCCAUUAAGGAGAGAGGGCUUAAGGUCCAUGGCGUGCUGUUCGAUAUCGCGACGGGUAAGAUUAGGGACUUGGGGCUUGGCAAUGCGGGCAUGGUGGGCGAAGAUGGGGAGAUUGUGAAGGGUCACCAUGGCAUGUUGGUCUUCAAGGAGGGAGGGGUCGCUGCUAUGACUGUUCAGUAAAGGAGACAGGAUUGAUGGCGUAGAGACGGCGUAGAGAGGAGGUGAACUUUGUGUGUUACA